AUGGUUGCAAACCGUUGGAUGGCGAGGUCGAUAAAUGUAGAAGUAUAUUCACGACGUCUUGAAACGUUUAAAGUUACGGAGACCAUCGGUCGUCGACCCGGUAUACCACCUAUAUCCUAUGGAUUUGAUCCCCGAAACAAACGGUGCGAUUGCAGGAGGUUCCAAACACUUCAUUAUCCAUGUACACAUGUCGUAGCAGUGUGUGCUAAAGUCUCGCUCAAUGUUGAACAAUUUAUCAAUGAUGUGUACACCCUCGAGCGCACGUUGCGUGUUUGGGAGAAUGAGUUCCCCGUCUUGCCUAACCUGUCUAUGUGGGAGGUACAUCCGAUGACUUUCGAGUUUGUUCUAGACAAAGGGUUACGUAGGAAUUCGAAAGGUCAUCUGCAAUCAUCUGGAAUCCAUAAUGAAAUGGAUUAG